AUGCCCUACCUCACCGUGUGCAACCGGCAGCUUAGCUGGACUCUGACACUGGUGCUCGGGUAUCUCUUUUACCUCCUCCUGGGAGCCAUGGUAUUCCAGCUGCUAGAGAAGCAGGCAGAAGCCCAGAGUCGAGACCAGUUCCAAAUUAAGAAGCUUAUGUUCCUGCAAAACUAUACGUGCCUGGAUCGGCAAGCUCUGGAGCAGUUUGUGCAGGUCAUUAUGGAAGCCUGGGAAAAAGGAGUCAACCCUGAAGGAAAUUCAACCAAUCCUAGUAACUGGGACUUUAGCAAUAGUUUCUUCUUUGCUGGAACUGUGGUCACUACUAUAGGUUAUGGGAACUUGGCCCCCAGUACAGUAGCUGGACAGGUCUUCUGUGUAUUUUAUGCUUUGUUUGGGGUCCCUCUUAAUUUGGCAUUUCUUAAUCGGUUGGGGAAAGGACUCAGCACCCACCUGAUUGACCUGGACAGAUGGGUCCACAAGUCAGGGCGAGCUCAGGAGAACAAAAUAGCCAUCAAGAAUCUUGGCACUGAUCCUAGCAAGCAUUAUAUUUCAGUGUACCGAAGCUUGGCAGCAAUUUGGAUUGUUUUUGGUUUAGCCUGGCUUGCUCUGAUAUUCAACCUGGGAGCAGACCUAAUGGAGAAAUUCCUACAAUUAAAUAAGCAAAAGCCACAUCCAGAGACAACAGAAGUUACUGUUUCCAAAGGAGAAGAUAAUCCUGGUCAACCCAGGAUCCAUAUUCCCAGCUGA